AUGAGCAGGAUUGUUGCUGACAAGAUCGUGGCUAAGAUGGCCCGCGAGGAGCAAGCGAAGAAGGCCAAGGAGGCCAAGUCAACAAAGGCGCCGGUCCCUGGCCCUGGCCGCAAACUCUCCAAGAAAGAGAGACUGAAGCAGGAUCUCAGCGGACAUUUGGGACAGAUCUUCGGCGAUCUCAAAGAUAGCUCCGCUUCUGAUGCCAAGAAGAGCGAGGAGACGUACCAGGCUGUUUUCCAACAAGGAGAGCAGAUGAUACAGCGAAUCGCCCAGCAGGCUAAGCUUCCGCUGAGUACUGAGGUCACGUUACGAGAAUGGUGCGACAUGGCAUGGCGCACGGGCCGCUUCUCUCCCCUGGAUCCGGACAAGCCCAAGAAGGAAGAGGAGAUCCCAGACCUUCAGGAUGCAGAUGAUGCACAUGCAGACUUGUGA